AUGUCGGACGAUUGGUUUACUUCUAAACUUGCCCCCGAACAGGAAAAUCAUCCUCAGGAAGUAGAGGCUCUGAAAGAUUACCUAUAUGAAAAGACCACCGCAGCGGAAGCAGCUCAGACUAUCACGCGCCAGGUAGUGACUUCAGCCUCCCCUAGAAACGAUCUAGCUCGCCUACAAGUCCUCCUAAUCGACGCUCUUGUAGACCAACCCGGCGAUAGUACCAGCCGUGAAGAGCCCUUGAUAUUUCUACUGCGCGCCAUUGAGGAGCUCGAAGAACCCGAUUUCGAAGUUCUCGAACCAGCGGAGCGGCCACAAGCGAAACUUUGGAAAGGCUUUCCGUAUUUCGCCAAUCGAUGGUACGACAUCGGUUAUCGAUCCGGAAGCUGGAAAAUGGAUGCGGAGAAGGCGAGUGGGCCACAACGUGACGCAUUACGCAAAGAGCACGUGAGAAGGGCUGAGGUUGAAGCGCGGUUGGUAUUCGAGGGGCUUGCGGGUAUUCCUAUCCACUGGGGAUAUGAAGUCAUUGAGGAUUCUCUGAAGAAAGACGCGCUGCUGGAUUUCGAGGUGCCGGCUGCGGCGGCGUGGCUCCGUGGGUGUGGGAAGCGGUUUCGACAGGGCGCAGAAGAAGGGGAGAAAACAUAUGCGUUGGGUGGUGAAGCGAUGAGUUUGGAGCGGUGGUCGGAGUGGAAAGCGCGGUUGCUACAGGUAUUAAACCACUCGAGAGUUGUUCAGUUCGCGGCGGUCAUGGCACUUAAUGCUAUAAAUGCAGCAAACGGAGAGCAGGCGCUAGGAUCGGGCAUGAUGUAG